CCCAUCCCUCUCUGUGAAAUCUGAAGUGUUCCCUCUCUUCUCUCUCAGGGUCCGUCUGUCUUUCUUAGCUGUGGAUUGGAUAAUUAAGCUGCCACCAUGAGUGAGCAUGACAUGAUGGCCUUCGGGGUGGCGGCUCAUUUUCUCCGAAAGCCUGAAAAAGAGCGGAUCGAGGCCCAGAACCAGCCGUUCGAUGCCAAGACCUACUGCUUUGUCACCGACCCCAUUGUGGACUACACCAAGGGAAAGAUUAAAAGCACUGAGGCUGGAAAAACCACUGUGGAAACUGAGGAAGGCAAGACGGUCACAGUGAAACCAGAAAAUGUGUUCCCCAUGAAUCCUCCCAAGUUCGAUAAGAUUGAAGACAUGGCGAUGUUGACUCACCUGAACGAGCCGGCUGUAUUGUACAAUCUGAAGGAUCGUUAUAAAGCUUGGAUGAUCUAUACAUAUUCCGGUCUGUUCUGUGUUACUGUGAACCCCUACAAGUGGCUGCCUGUCUACAACCCCGAGGUGGUCAAUGCCUACCGUGGCAAGAAGCGGCAGGAGGCUCCACCCCACAUCUUCUCCAUCUCUGACAAUGCCUAUCAGUUCAUGCUGACUGAUCGUGAGAACCAGUCUAUCCUCAUCACUGGAGAAUCCGGUGCUGGGAAGACUGUUAACACAAAACGCGUCAUCCAGUACUUUGCAACAAUUGCAGCUGUGGGUGACAUGAAAAAGAAGGAAUCCACAGGUGGGAUAAAGGGCACCCUUGAGGACCAAAUCAUCCAGGCCAACCCUCUGCUGGAGGCCUUCGGCAAUGCCAAGACUGUCAGGAAUGAUAAUUCAUCCCGUUUCGGCAAAUUCAUUCGUAUUCACUUUGGCACCACUGGAAAACUGGCUUCUGCAGAUAUCGAAACGUAUCUGCUGGAGAAGUCCAGGGUCACCUUUCAGCUCCUGGCAGAGAGAAGUUAUCACAUCUUCUACCAGAUCCUGUCUAACAAAAGGCCGGAACUGAUCGACACGCUGUUGAUCACAACGAACCCGUAUGACUUUCCGUACAUCAGUCAGGGGGAGAUCUCUGUGGCGAGCAUUGAUGACGCUGAGGAGCUGAUGGCCACAGAUAGCGCUAUUGACAUUCUGGGCUUCACUCCUGAGGAGAAGGUCGGAAUCUACAAGUUAACCGGUGCCGUUAUGCAUUAUGGUAAUAUGAAAUUCAAGCAAAAACCACGGGAAGAGCAGGCCGAGCCUGAUGGGUCAGAAGUGGCUGAUAAAACGGGGUACCUCAUGGGGUUGAAUUCUGCGGACUUGCUGAAGGCACUCUGUUUCCCCCGGGUGAAGGUGGGGCAUGAGUAUGUGACUAAGGGGCAGACUCCAGAGCAGGUGCACCAAAAUGUAAACGCACUUGCCAAGUCUAUCUAUGAGAAGCUGUUCCUGUGGAUGGUGACCCGUAUCAACCAGCAACUCGAUACCAAACUCCCCAGACAGCAUUUCAUUGGUGUGUUGGAUAUUGCCGGAUUUGAAAUCUUUGAGCUCAACAGCUUGGAGCAGCUGUGUAUCAACUUCACUAACGAGAAGCUACAGCAGUUCUUCAACCACCACAUGUUCGUACUGGAACAAGAGGAAUACAAGAAGGAAGGCAUCGAGUGGGAAUUCAUUGACUUUGGCAUGGACUUGGCAGCCUGCAUUGAGCUUAUUGAGAAGCCAAUGGGCAUCUUCUCCAUCCUGGAAGAGGAGUGCAUGUUUCCCAAGGCGACUGACACGUCCUUCAAAAACAAGUUGCAUGACCAACAUCUGGGCAAGUCCAGCAAUUUUCAGAAGCCAAAAGUGGUCAAAGGAAAACCAGAGGCUCACUUUUCCCUCAUCCACUAUGCUGGGACAGUGGACUACAACAUCACGGGUUGGCUGGAGAAGAACAAGGACCCACUGAAUGAAACCGUGGUGGGACUCUACCAGAAAACAUCCAUGAAAAUGUUGUCAAAUCUGUAUGCCACCUAUUCUGCAGUUGAUGCAGAGGGAACUAAGAAAGCAGCAAAGAAGAAAGGAUCAUCUUUUCAGACUGUGUCAGCGCUUUUCAGGGAGAACCUCAACAAACUGAUGUCGAAUCUGAGGAGCACUCAUCCCCAUUUUGUAAGGUGCCUUAUCCCUAAUGAGACUAAAACAGCAGGCACGAUGGACCAUCAUCUCGUACUUCACCAGCUGAGAUGUAACGGUGUGCUGGAGGGAAUCCGAAUUUGCAGGAAGGGAUUUCCUAACAGGAUUAUCUACGCAGAUUUCAAGCAAAGGUACCGUAUAUUGAACGCCAGUGCCAUACCCGAGGGGCAGUUCAUCGACAGUAAGAAGGCCUGCGAGAAGCUCCUGGCCUCCAUUGAUAUUGAUACCACGCAGUAUAAAUUCGGAAACAGCAAGGUCUUCUUUAAAGCCGGCCUCCUGGGCACCCUAGAGGAGAUGCGGGACGAGCGCUUGGCCCUUCUCAUUAUGCGCACACAGGCUUUAUGUCGGGGCUUCUUGAUGCGGAUGGAGUACAAGAAGAUAUUGGACAGAAGGGAGGCAAUUUAUACAAUUCAGUACAACAUCCGAGCCUUCAUGAAUGUGAAACACUGGCCGUGGAUGAAGCUCUACUUCAAGAUCAAACCACUGCUUCGCAGUGCUGAGACGGAGAAGGAGUUUGCGGCAAUGAAAGAGGAAUUUGCCAAGAUCAAAGAAAGCCUGGCCAAGUCAGAAGCGAAGAGGAAAGAGCUGGAAGAGAAGAUGGUGAAGCUUCUGCAGGAGAAAAAUGACCUCCACCUGCAGGUUCAAUCUGAAUCUGAGAACUUAACAGACGCAGAGGAGAGAUGCGAUCAGCUGAUCAAAAGUAAGAUCCAGUUAGAAGCCAGGAUUAAGGAGCUGAACGAGAGGCUGGAGGACGAGGAGGAAUCAAAUUCUGAGCUGACGGCCAAGAAGAGGAAACUGGAGGACGAGUGUUCGGAACUGAAGAAGGACAUCGAUGACUUGGAGUUGACCUUGGCUAAGUGUGAGAAGGAGAAGCAUGCCAUAGAAAAUAAGGUUAAAAACCUCACUGAAGAGAUGGCCGGCCUGGAUGAAGCCAUUGUCAAGCUGACCAAGGAGAAAAAAGCUCUACAGGAGGCCCACCAACAGACCUUGGAUGAUCUUCAGGCUGAGGAGGACAAAGUCAACUCCUUGACCAAACUGAAGAUCAAACUAGAGCAGCAAAUCGAUGAUCUGCAAGGUUCCCUGGAACAAGAGAAGAAGGUCCGAAUGGAAAAUGAGAGGGCCAAGAGGAAGCUUGAGGGGGAUUUGAAACUUGCCCACGACUCCAUCAUGGAUUUGGAAAAUGACAGACAACAACUGGAUGAUAAACUGAAAAAAAAAGACUUUGAGAUUAGCCAGCUGUUGAGCAAAAUAGAGGACGAACAACUUGUGGGAAACCAGUCACAGAAGAAAAUAAAAGAACUUCAGGCUCGAAUUGAGGAGCUGGAAGAGGAGAUAGAAUCAGAGAGAUCGACCCGGGCCAAGGCGGAGAAGCAGAGGUCUGAUUUGUCAAGGGAGCUGGAGGAGAUCAGCGAGAGGCUGGAGGAAGCUGGAGGAGUCACAUCCACUCAGAUUGAGGUCAAUAAGAAGAGGGAGAUGGAGUUUCAGAAGAUGCGCCGGGACCUGGAGGAGAUAUCCCUCCAGCAUGAGGCCAUGGUGGCUGCUUUACGCAAAAAGCAAGCAGAUAAUGUUGCCGAGUUCGGGGAACAGAUUGACAACCUGCAGAGGGUAAAGCAGAAGAUGGAGAAGGAGAAGAGUGAGAUGAGGAUGGAGAUUGACGACAUCAAUGGCAACCUAGAGAACGUCACCAAGUCCAAGGCCACCUUGGAGAAGAUGUGUCGUACUCUGGAGGACCAUCUCAGCGAAUUCAAGUCCAAGGCAGAGGAGAACCAAAGGAGCGUAGCAGAGCUGACCACGCAGAGAGCUCGUCUGCAGACCGAAACCGGGGAGUUGGCUCGUCAGUUGGAGGAGAGGGAGUCUCUGGUCUCACAGCUUUCCAGAUCCAAACAAGCCUUCACCCAGCAGAUUGAGGAACUGAGGAGGGUGAUGGAGGAAGAGGUGAAGGCAAAGAACGCUUUGGCUCACAGCUUGCAGUCCUCCCGCCAUGACUGUGACCUUCUCAGGGAGCAGUAUGAGGAGGAGCAGGAGGCCAAGACAGAACUACAGCGAUCGCUAUCCAAGGCUAAUGGUGAAGUGUCUCAAUGGAGGACGAAAUACGAAACGGACGCUAUUCAGCGCACAGAAGAGCUGGAAGAUGCCAAGAAGAAGCUGGCCCAGCGCCUUCAGGAGGCUGAGGAACAUAUUGAGGCAGUAAAUUCAAAGUGUGCCUCUCUAGAGAAGACCAAACAAAGGCUACAGGCAGAGGUAGAGGACUUGAUGAUUGACGUGGAGAGGGCUAAUUCGCUGGCAGCUGCUCUGGACAAGAAACAGAAGAACUUUGACAAGAUCUUGGCUGAGUGGAGGCAGAAGUAUGAGGAGUCCCAGUCUGAGCUUGAGUCUUCCCUUAAAGAGUCAAGAUCUCUGAGCACCGAGCUGUUCAAGAUGAAGAAUUCCUACGAGGAGACUUUAGACCACCUGGAGACCAUUAAGCGGGAGAACAAGAACCUUCAACAGGAGAUCACAGACUUGACGGAACAAGUGGCCACCAGUGGGAAGACUAUCUAUGAGCUGGAGAAAGCCAAGAAGCAGGUGGAGAUGGAAAAGAGCGAAAUGCAAGCAUCUCUGGAGGAAGCCGAGGCAGCACUGGAGCAUGAGGAGGUCAAGAUCCUUCGUAUCCAGCUGGAACUGACCCAAGUAAAAGCUGACAUUGACAGAAAGAUCUCAGAGAAAGAUGAAGAGAUUGACCAGCUGAAGAGGAACUACCAGAGAUCAAUAGAAACCAUGCAGACGGCCUUGGACUCUGAGAUAAGGAGCAGAAAUGAGGCGGUCCGAAUCAAAAAGAAGAUGGAAGGUGACCUCAAUGAGAUGGAGAUACAGCUGAGUCAUUCCAACCGCAUUGCCGCAGAGGCUCAGAAAUACUUGCGCAACGUCCAAGGGCAACUUAAGGAUACUCAGAUCCACCUUGAUGAUGCUCUUCGCGGACAAGAAGAUCUGAAGGAGCAGCUCGCCAUAGUUGAACGCAGGAAUAACUUGAUGGUGGCAGAAAUCGAGGAGUUGAGAGCGGCUCUAGAACAGACCGAGAGGUCCCGGAAGGUGGCGGAACAAGAGCUUCUAGAUACCACUGAGCGUGUCCAAUUGCUGCAUUCUCAGAACACAAGCCUUAUCAACACCAAGCGGAAACUGGAGAGUGAUGUGUCACAGCUUCAAGGAGAGAUUGAGGACAUCAUCAAGGAGGCUCACAGUGCUGAGGAAAAGGCUAAGAAAGCCAUUACUGAUGCUGCCAUGAUGGCGGAGGAGCUGAAGAAGGAGCAGGACACCAGCGCUCACCUGGAAAGGAUGAAGAAGAACCUGGAUCAAACUGUGAAGGACCUUCAGAUUCGUCUAGAAGAAGCUGAGCAGUUGGCACUGAAAGGAGGAAAAAAGCAUCUCCAGAAACUGGAGGCCAGGGUGAGAGAACUGGAAACAGAGCUGGAUAUGGAGCAGAAGAGGAGUGUUGACGUUAUUAAAGGUAUUCGGAAAUUUGAAAGACGUGUUAAAGAGCUAACAUUUCAGUCUGAAGAGGAUAGAAAAAAUAAUCUGAGACUCCAAGAUCUGGUGGACAAACUACAGCUGAAAGUGAAAUCCUACAAGAGGCUGACCGAGGCGGCGGAAGAGCAUUCUAACACCAACCUAUCGAAAUGUCGCCGCGUCCAACAUGAACUGGAUGAGGCGGAAGAGAGAGCGGAUAUUGCUGAAUCACAAGUCAACAAGCUACGGCUGAAGACCCGGGAGACCAUCACCACCAAGGUGGUUAUGUCCAGCAUAGAAUAAGCGGACUCUACAACAGAACAUGGCAAUGAGAUACACAUAAUGUGUAUUCUAUGUGGUGGCAUCCUUCUUUGUCAGACCAGUUUAUAUAGUAAAGGAAGUGUCUUUGUCAUUGA